AUGGGUCACCGCCUGUCUGAUGAUGAGGAUUAUGAAUCCUUUCACGAUGACGAUGAUAGCUACGAUUCCGAUAGGGGCUCCAACUACAAUGACGCCAUUGAUGAGAAAAUGUGGCGUGCGGCCUGCUGGAUAGUAAUUGAUUCCUAUUUCGACGAGAAGGGUCUGGUGCGUCAGCAAUUGGACAGCUUUGAUGAGUUUCUGCAAGUGUCUAUUCAGCGCAUUAUCGAAGGAUCUCCAACAGUUGAAAUGCAAAGCACUCCGCAGCACGAGACAAUGGAGAAGGAACCGAUCACCACGUAUUCUCUGAGAUUCGGCCAAAUAUAUCUAUCGAAGCCGACGCAUUGGGAAAAAGAAGGCGCUCCCAGCCCGCUGAUGCCCAAUGAGGCCCGGUUGCGCAAUCUGACGUACUCGGCGCCUCUCCAUGUUGAUAUUUGGAAAACCAAAACGGAGGAGGGAGAAGAACCGGUAGAGACCUUGUAUCAGCGCACUUAUGUGGGUCAAAUACCGGUGAUGCUGCGCUCCGCCUACUGUCUGCUCACGAGCCUCACGCACAACGAUCUGCAGCAGCUGGGUGAGUGCCCCCUUGAUCCUGGCGGCUAUUUUAUCGUAAAUGGCUCGGAAAAGGUGUUGAUUGCUCAAGAGAAAAUGGCGACCAACAACGCGUACGUAUUUCGUACCAAGGACACCAGAUAUGUAUACAAGACGGAGGUGCGCUCUUGUCUAGAGUGCAGCUCGAAGCCCACUUCGACGUUGUGGAUCAAUUUGACGGCCAACAGCCCAGCUAAUGUGAAGAAACUGAUCUUUGGACAGCGAGUUGUGGCCGUGCUGCCAUAUAUAAAGCAAGAGGUGCCCAUUAUCGUGUUGUUUCGAGCCAUGGGCUUAAUGGCGGAUCGAGAUAUCCUAGAGCAUAUUAUUAAUGACUUUGACGAUGCUGAAGUGCUAGAAGCACUCAGGCCCUCAAUACAAGACGCCUUUGUGGUGCAAUCACAGGAGGUGGCUCUCAACUUUAUUGGCACGCGUGGGGUGCGUCCUGGGGUCAGCAAGGAGAAGCGCUUAGAGUUCGCUCGCAAGAUUGUGGAGAAGGAAGUGUUGCCUCAUGUGGGCAUAACAAAUACUGCCCUACCUUUGAAGAUCUACUUUGUGGGCUAUAUGGUGCAUAAGUUGCUGAUGGUCUCGCUGGGUCGUCGCGAGCUAGACGAUCGUGACAACUAUGCCAAUAAGCGUUUGGAUCUGGCAGGGGCUUUGCUCGCUUUGCUCUUUCGCACGCUGCUCAGAAAUCUCCAGAAGGAGAUACGCAUGUAUGCCCAAAAGUUUCUAGACAAAGGUCGCGACUUUAACAUGGAACUGGCAGUUAAAACGAGCAUUAUAACCGAUGGCCUUCGUUAUGCUCUAGCCACUGGCAAUUGGUCUGAUCAGCGCAAGUCUGCACAGUCACGCUCCGGCGUCUCACAGGUGCUGAAUCGUCUAACCUAUGUGUCGACUCUAUCCCAUUUGCGGCGCGUUAACUCGCCGAUUGGCAGAGACGGAAAGCUGGCCAAGCCCCGACAGCUGCAUAACACGCUCUGGGGUAUGUUAUGCCCAGCCGAGACACCCGAGGGCGUAGCUGUUGGCCUGGUUAAGAAUAUGGCGCUCAUGGCUUAUGUCACCGUUGGAUCCGACCCUUCCGUCAUUCUGGAGUUUUUGGAUGAAUGGUCCCUGGAGCAUUUGGCUGAUAUACCUCCCAUGUCUGUGCUGUCGGGCACUAGAUUUUUUCUUAAUGGCGCCUGGAUCGGUGUACAUCGAUCGCCCGAUCUACUAGUUGAGUGUUUGCGGACGAUGCGACGUCGCCAGGAUGUGAUUCUAUCGGAGGUCUCCAUCACCUAUGACAGCUAUGAGGGCGAGAUACGCAUACAGACCGAUGCAGGACGUAUCUGUCGGCCGCUACUGAUCGUAGAAAAUAACCAAUUGAAGCUGAAGCGGACGCACGUUGAACAGUUGACAGAUCGUGCUGAGAGUGGCGGCUCCUGGGACAAUCUCUUGGCAAAUGGGAUAAUCGAGUUUAUUGAUACCCAGGAAGAGGAUACUUGCAUGAUUGCCAUGUGUCCGUCAGACCUGGCCUAUCCCGAAAUGUGUAACUCGUACACGCACUGUGAGAUCCAUCCAUCGAUGAUAUUGGGCGUGUGUGCCUCAAUUAUUCCAUUUCCCGACCACAAUCAGAGUCCACGUAAUACCUAUCAAAGUGCAAUGGGCAAACAGGCCAUGGGGGUGUAUGUGACCAACUACCUUAUGCGCAUGGAUACAUUGGCCCAUGUGCUGUACUAUCCGAUGAAGCCGCUUGUCACUACACGCUCCAUGAAGUAUCUACGUUUUGCAGAACUGCCAGCCGGCAUAAAUGCCAUUGUCGCCAUUCUCUGCUAUACUGGCUACAAUCAGGAGGACUCUAUAAUAUUGAAUGCAAGCGCCGUGGACCGCGGCUUUCUGCGCUCCGUAUUCUAUCGCUGCUAUCAGGAUCAAGAGCGGAAGCACUCAGCGAAUCAGGAUGAACGUUUUGAGAAGCCCGAAUUUGGCAUUUGCAAAGGCAUGCGUCGGGCUUUCUAUGACAAGCUUGAGGAAGAUGGUCUCAUUGCGCCUUGCACACGCGUUUCUGGAGACGACGCCAUAAUUGGCAAGACAAUCACUCUUAUUGACGAAACCGAAUCAAAUGGGGAGGGAGGCACAGGAUGGACCUACGUCAAACGCGACGCUUCCACAUUUCUACGCAACACCGAGACUGGCAUUAUCGACAAAGUAAUGCUGUCCGUUAGUAGCGAUGGCCAUAAGUUCUGCAAGAUUCGUGUGCGCUCCGCUCGCAUUCCCCAAAUAGGUGACAAAUUCGCUUCGCGUCAUGGCCAGAAGGGCACCUGCGGCAUUACGUACCGCCAGGAAGAUCUGCCAUUCACCAACGAAGGCAUUACACCCGACAUCAUUAUUAACCCGCAUGCUAUUCCCUCCCGCAUGACCAUUGGCCAUCUGAUCGAGUGUCUGUUGGGUAAGCUGUCUGCCUGCACGGGCGAUCUUGGCGAUGCCACACCCUUCUCGGAUGGCGAAACCGUGCAAGAGAUCUCCACGGCCCUCAAGGCCUACAGUUAUCACUCCCGUGGCAAUGAGAUCAUGUAUAAUGGUUUCAAUGGCCAUAAGAUCAAUGCUCAGGUGUUCUUAGGACCCACGUACUACCAGAGACUGAAGCACAUGGUGGACGACAAGGUGCACGCCCGUGCCCGGGGUCCGGUACAGAUUCUCGUGCGCCAACCCAUGGAGGGACGUGCCCGUGACGGCGGUCUUCGAUUUGGCGAAAUGGAGCGCGAUUGUCAGAUCUCGCAUGGCGCUGCUUCUUUCCUGCACGAGCGGUUGUAUCAGCUUUCCGAUCCGUAUUCCGUUUACGUGUGCAACAGAUGCGGCAUGUUGGCAAUUGCCAAUAAGCAAACCGCAUCUUUCUAUUGUCGCCUGUGCAACGAUCGAGCGAUUGUUGCCAAGGUACGCAUGCCUUAUGCCGCAAAGCUGUUGAUCCAAGAGCUCGUCAGCAUGAAUAUAGCGCCGCGUUUGAAACUGAAGUGAAGAAGGACUCUUUCUACCUAUAUUUUAACUGCAAUGCUUCCAAUUAGCGCAGAAGCCUAUGAAUACAACGAAACACUUUAUUUAAAUACAGCACAUGAAUCAACCAUUACAGAAAUGUACAAGCUGAAGACACAGUCAACUAAUCCUACGAGUACAACAGUAUG